CACAAUUACUAGCGCAAUUGCGCAAUAGCAACAGCAACAGCAACAGCAACAGCAUAGCAAAGAGGACACACCGCUGUCAGACAUCCAAAGCCUCAAAGGAUCUCCACCUCCACCUCCACCUCCACCCCCACCCCCCUCUCUCCAUCUCCAUCUCCAUCUCCAUCUCCAUUAGCGAUUGAUCCCAAUUCAGGGGUGUAGGGUUUGGUCCAUGGAUGAGGCCCGUGGCCUCGAUCUUAACUCCCGGGCUGACCAUCCGGAAUCAUCCUCGGUUGAUCCGGUGGAAGCCCUAGCUAUGAGCCCUUCAGCGGUGGCGGAAGCUGAUCGUGCUGAUGCCGGUGAUGGUGCAGGAGGUGAGCUUCAGAGUGCUGAAAUUGAUGGUCAACGGGAAGAUGGAGGUGAUCUGAAGAUGGAAAUGGUGGAAGGGAGAAGUUUGGAGUGCGGUGAAGUGGUGGCGGGAGUUCGUGCUGGCUGUGGAGAGGUUGACGAUGUUGAUCGGCUUGGAAAGGAUGGAUCUUGUGGUGACUUGGAGAUGGUUGUUGAUGUUCGUGGUGGUGAGGUUGGGGGUGCUUCUGGGAAAGUUGUUUCUGGGUUGGAGAUCAGUGACCAAGUUGAGCAAAUUGAGGAAGGGAAGGAGCGAGGGUUAGUGGAGAGUGGGCAGUCUGAGUCUGUUACUACUGAUGUUGUUCCUUGUUCUUCCGAGACUCAGAAAGGAGAUGCAUUUGCUGGUGUGGAGGAGCGAAAAAAUGAUGGAGUUACUGAAGUGCAGGGAUCUGUUGAGGAUUUGGAAGGAGUGAAUGCUGAUGUUGAGGAGGUUGACAUACAAGAGGAAGUCAAGGAGGAAGGGGUGAGCUUGGCCAGUGAUUUGAGGGGAAGUGAAUUAACCAGUGGGUCUGGUGAAAGAGUCAUUGCUGAUGAGAAGAGGGAUAUGGUGGUUGGGGAGGUGGAGGCUCUGAGCACAGUGGAGAAUGAUGAAUUGGUUGCGACUCCCAACAGUGGGAAGGAUUCAGAUGUAGAAGGUGAAGUUGGAGUGCUUGACAAUAGAAGAAUUGAAGUUACAAUUGCUCACAGGGCUGAUGCUUCUGAGGCUGGCCCGAUGAGUGUGUCUGAUGUAGCUACUGAAGCUGUUGUUCAGGUUGACAGAGAGCUGGAAUUGGUAGAUAGAUCUGGUGGUGAUGAGAAAAUGAUGCUCGACACAAUAAAUGCUCCAUGUUCCUCCAAAACUGCAGGCCUUGAAAGUUUGGAAGGGGCAACAGAUUUGGGGAUUUGUGACCAAGCUGAAUUUGUAGAUGAUGCUGCAUCUUCUCUAGAGCAUUGUGAGAGAUUGAUUGGUGAUGUACCAGAAUGUGAUUCAGAGAGAGAAAUGGGAAGUAGAAAAAGUGGUGACCAGAGACUAAAAUUAACUGAAGAGCGGGAGGUGAGCAUGGAUGAAAUUACUGAACCACCAUCAGUUGCUCCUUCAGUGCCUAAGAGUGAUAGUGUAGAAGUCUCAGCAGAUUUGGGAGAUGUGGAUGAGCGCCAUCAAGAGAAGAAGGCUGUACAAGGUUCUUGUUCCAACUUCCUGAACCCAUUGGUAGUUGUGGAGGAACCGACAAUAGAAGACAAGUUGGGAGAGCAUGAAACUGUUGUAUUGGAUUUGAUUGACAAGAAUCCAGAUGUUCAGGAGGUUGCUAAUGCUUCUGCAAGUGAAGAGGAACAGAAGAUAGAGUCAGUGUCCUUGGACAACAACAGACCAAUCACUCUCACUAAGGAAUCGGAUACUAUCAAUGUACAUGAAGGUGACAGAGGAGAUCAGAAAGCUGCUAUUAAUCUUGUGCCUCUGAUUAACAAGAAUCUUGAAGUUGAAGCGGAUGCUGUUCUUGCAAAUGAAGAGGUAGCCAAGGCGGUGGUGUCUGUGCCUGCAGAUGAUCCUUCAUUAGUUCCUAUCAUGAAAAAUACAGUCUCAGCCAAUGUAAUUGCUGAAGCACAUGAUAGAGAUUUAAAUCCAAUCUGUGAGAGUGUCAGAGGACACCUUGUCAACACUGAAGAUUCUAUUUGUGCACAUGAUCCAGAAAAUAGUAUCAUGGAUAGUGAUGUACAAACAUCAUAUGCAAAUUCAGUUGAGGUAGAUAUUGCUCAGGGAGGAGCCAAGGCAAAUGUGAAUUUAGAAAGCAGUGGUUCUGCAGAGAAAUCUAAAAACAGAAAUAUCCAACUUGUUAUUGAAAAUCCAGAUGAUGGUGGAGAAAGUAGUAAUGACAAUCCAUAUUUACUUGACAAGGACAUGAUGGAAAUUGAUGAACCAAAGCCUUCCAUGCUAUCUUCCAUCCAGUCUUUUACACCUCAAGAGAAGCAGGAAGCAAAAGCUACUAUUGCUUCAACAGAUGAUGACAAUCUUGGCAAUAAUUCUUAUGAAGCUGUGUCACCUGUUUUUCCACAGAGUGAGCCUGUAGGUCUGGAUGCUUCUCCUGGUAGAGUUCAAAUGCUUAAUACAGAAUCCAUGAAUUAUACUGCAAAUACUUCUCUGGAUGAAUUUUGCAGACAUGCAGAUGUUGUUCGAGAGUCGGGGCCUUCGGCAGGAUUGCCUUUUAAAGGUGAAUCAGCAUUGCAGGAUGGUAGUUCAACUGAUGUUAUGGAUCCUUGUAUUGAUGGAGAGGCUGAUAUUCUUCAAAGUGCAUUUGUUGAUGGUGAUGAAAAUUUUACAAUGACGGAAGGUGGUCAAGAUGUGAUGAAUACAGAUUUGUGUAAUGAUGGCACUGAUAAGGUUCAUGAUAAGGAAGAUAAAGUAUUGGAAAGAGUAGAUGGUGUAACUGUUGAAGAUUGUGAAGUUUCUAAUAUGGAAAAAGGUCAACAUGCAAGGUACUAUUUGGCUUCUCAAGACACAACUAGCGUCUCUAUAUCUGAUUUGGUCUGGGGCAAAGUGAAGAGCCAUCCUUGGUGGCCUGGCCAAAUUUUUGAUUCUUCAGAUGCAUCAGAACUAGCACUGAAAUAUCAGAAGAAGGACAACUUCCUUGUGGCAUAUUUUGGAGACAAAACAUUUGCUUGGUGUGAAGAAUCCCAGUUAAAGCCUUUCCUUGAAUACUUCUCACAGAUGGCAAAUCAAAGCACUUCAGAUGCCUUUAUAAAUGCUUUGGAUGAUGUUCUGCAGGAGGUUUCUAGACGAGUACAGUUGGGGAUGACAUGCCAAUGUACACCUGAAGUAACUUAUACUGAUAUUAAGUAUCAAAAGAUAGAUAAUGCCGGCGUACGGAAAGGAACCUCAGGCAAAGUGUUUGACAGGUCUCAGAUUGUCAAUAGUUUUCAACCUGAUAGGCUCCUACUGUAUGUUCGCACAUUAGCUCAGUUUUCAAAGAGAGAGACUGAUAGGCUGGAUCUUGUGCUAGCCCAAGCUCAUUUGAAUGCCUUUUAUAUGUUGAAAGGUUAUUCUCAACACCCUGUGUUAUUUCUCUGCGGAGGUUUGGCAGAGAAUGAUGAUGAGGUAUCACCUCCUGGCGAGGACAUAUCUGAACCACAGAAUGCUGUGGAGCAUCAUUAUGGGAAGAAUAAGUUGAGAGGAAGGAAGCACACUUCUGAUAAACAAAAUGCAUCGGAAGAUAUUAGUGAACAAAAUGUGUAUGAACUGAUGGAAGCAGAAACUAAUUUUCAAUUUGUAGAUGGUGACAGAAAGAAAUCAGGUCUGGAAUUGCCAGGCAAAUCAUAUUCACGGUUGUCUGGAAGGAAACACAAAAUUGAUGAUUUUGAUCCUAUGGAUUUGGAGAAAAAUAAGAAAGAAAGGUUCGACUCUUUAGGAGAUUUUAAACCCAAACCAUCACUUAUUGGCUCUUUCAAAAUUGGAGAAUGCAUUCGUCGAGCUGCAAGCCAGCUAACAGGAUCGACGCCUGUCCUAAAGAGUCCUAGUGAGGCACUCCAGAAAAGUGUGUCCAAGGGUGGUGAUCAUACAAGUUUUGAUGUUUCUGGGUUUGAUGAUUCACCUCACACUCCUGUUGAGACCCGGAGAACAAAAGCGAGAAUCUCAGAUGACAAUUCAUCUUCAAGUGAAAUGCUUUCACAACUCUGCUUAGCCGCCAGAGAUCCUUUUAAACAUUACAGCUUUAUUCCUCAAAUAGUCAAUUUCUUCUCUGAUUUUAGAAAUUCAUCUGUGUCUGAUUCCUCCAAAGACAGUGAACCUGUGCCUGCACCUGUGGAGAAAAUAGCAGCUAAAAGGGGUAGGAAGAAAAAGACAGACACCCAGCCUUCCUCGGUGCCAGCCUCUUCUGUGACAUCAGCACCUGAUUAUAUGUCUGACUCUUAUUGGUCUGAUAUGCUUUUCCAUAGCAGUCCGGAAGGCAAUCUAUCUCCCAAUGGCAUGAAAAGAAAAGGAUCUUAUAUGAGGAGCCAAAGGAAGAAGAGGAAAUCUCUGUUGGAAACAACAUCAUCUCUUCAACCUGACCCAAUGUUGGGUAAUGCAAAACAACAAGUAGUAAAUGCAAGCCCUAAUCUGAAGCAGGAAUUGGCGGCAGAAAGACCAAUCAUAGGCUUGGGUCGAAAACAUUCUGAUGAGUGCACUCCUACUGAACUUGUUUUAUGCUUCAACAAACCCGAUUCCAUGCCUUCUAGAACAGACCUUAUCAAGAUUUUUGGUCGUUAUGGACCAUUGAAGGAAUCAGCAACGGAGGUUAUGAAGAAGACGAACCGUGUUAAAGUAGUCUUCAAAAGGCGAGCUGAUGCAGAAAUUGCUUUCAGUAGUGCAGGAAAGUAUAGCAUUUUUGGGCCAUCACUUAUAAGUUACAGGCUAAGAUAUUUGCCGUCUAUUCCAGAGGAUCCUACAGAUAGUAGCCCACAAGAAAUGCAAGAUGCACUGCCAGAUACCACUCAACAAAAGGCUGAAGAUGCACCUGCAGAAGUCAACAUUCAGAAUGCAAAAGAUGCACCUCCAGGUGAAAUACCACAAGAAGCCAGAGAUGGCGACCAAGGUACCACACCAGAUGCUUCUUCAAAUGUAAUCUCACAAGAUGUAGAAGAUGUACCCACAAAGACCACACAUCAAGACACAAAUGAUGCAAUCCCAGAUAUCACUCCAGAUACCCAUUCAGAGAUAAUGGCACAAGAUGCGGAAGAUACGCCUGCAAAAAUCACACAGCAAGAUGCAAACAAGGCAACCCCAGAUACCACAGCAGAUGCACCUUCAGAAACUGCACCGCCGGAUGCAGAAGACACACUACCAGUGGCAAUGUCAGAUGCAGAAGACUCACUACCAGUGGCAACGUCAGAUGCAGCACCUAAUGUGAUACUCCAAGAGGCGGAACAUUCAUUAGCAGAAACCAGGCAACAGGAUGCAGAAGAUAUCCUUCCAGAUGCAACAGCUGAUGUACUGCUCCUAGAGAUGGAGGAUACACCUGCAGAAACCACACAACUGGAUGCAGAAGAUACACUUCCAGGUACCACAUCAGUUGCACCUCCUGAUAUAAUGCUCCAAGACGGGGAAGAUACAGCAGCAGGAAACAGACCACAGGAUGCUGAAGAUACACUUCCAGAUACCACAUCAGUUGCACCUCCUGAUAUAAUGCUCCAAGAUGGGGAAGAUUCAGCAGCAGAAAUCAGACUGCAGGAUGCCGAAGAUGCACUUCCAGAUGUGAUACCUGAUGUAACAUUCCAGCAGGCGGAAGAUACACAUGCAGAAACCACACAACAGGAUACAGAAGACGCACUUCAAGAUGCUACAUCAGUUGCACCUCCUGAUGUAGUCCUCCAAGACAUGGAAGAUAUACCAGCACAGACUGUGGCAUCGGAUGCAAACAAUGCACUUCCAGAUAAAAUAUCAAGUGCAACACCUGAUGUAACACUCCAAGAGGCAGAAGAUACUCCUGCAGGAAUCACACAACAGGGUGCAGAAGUUGCAGUUGCAGAUACCACAUUAGAUGCACCUUCUGAUACAAUACUGCAAGAUAUGGAAGAUACACCAGCAGAAGCCAUACCACAGGAUGCAGAAGUUGCGCCUUCUGUUAUAGUACUCCAAGAAGUGGAAGCUGCACCAGCAGAAACUAUACUACAGGAUGCAGAAGAUGCGCUUCCUGAUAUUACAUCAGAUGCACACGCUGAUAUGGUACUCCAUGAUAUGGAACAUGCACAUGCAGAGGCCACACCACAGGAUCCAGAAGAUUCACUUCCAGAUACUACGUCAGAUGCACCUACUGAUAAAAUACUCAAUUGCAUGGAGGUUACACCUGCAGAAAGCUCACCACAGGGCACAUUAGAUGAGACAUUAGAUGCAACUCCAGAGAUGAUGCUCCAAGAUGUGGAAGAUACACCUACAGAAACCAAACAACAAGAUGCUGAAGUUCUUGUUCCAGAUCCCAAAUUAGAUGCACUUCCUGACAAAGUACUUCAAGAUGCGGAAGUUUCACCUGCAGAAACUUCACCACAGUAUGCAGAUGCUGCACUUCCUGAUUCCACCACAUUAGAUUUACUUCCCAAUAAAGUAGCCCAAGAUGUGGAGGAUACUCUCCUGCAAACCACACCACAGGAUGCAAAUGAUGCACUUCCGGAUACCACACUACAGGACCCAAGGAAGGCACUUCAAAGUACUAUACCAGAAGAUUCACAAGGUAUUGCAUCAGAGACCAAACCGCAAGAUGUAAAAGAUGUUGCAAGCGAGGAUUCAGCUGAAGCAGAGGGCGAAAUUGUUGUAGAUGCUGCACAAGUUGAAGCUAUUAGCUGAGCAUGAGGGUCAUCGAAGUAAGUUGCUUUUGUUGGUGCUAGUUUUGCAAAUCAUUUUCGUUGGUUUAUGCCAAGAAUAGUGCCCUUAAGCAUAUGCAGUGUAGGUAGUGAACAUGCUAUAAUGCACUAGAUCAGUUUAACUCGUAUGUUGUAUAUAUAAGAUGUAAUCUUAUAUAUGAGCAAGAGCUCUCUUUAUUGGCUUGCCAAAAUUUUCUGGUGCCCGAUUCUUCUAAACUUUGCCUCACUCGGAGUAAAAUUCAAAAUUCUACUGCAUUACCUUA